CACGGUUUACUCACUUUGUAUUGUGAUCUUUAUACAGUUGGACGUUUUCCUCGUCCGUUUUAUAUUUUGUUUAAAAACUGUAUACGAUAAGCUGUCCAAAUCGAAGAGUCAAUAUGGGGUUCCAAUAUAUCUUAUGUUUUUUAACGAUUGCAUCAGUGCAUGCUUUUUCGAGUGCAUAUUCAAAUAACCAAUACCAAAACAACUUUGCCAACAAUGCAAGAAAUCCGGCAUUCCAGCAUCCCCAAAUGCCUCAAAUAGUGAUGCCCAAUAUCCCACCUAUAAUUUUCCCUAACUUCCCAGCACCUCCAUUUUCCCCACAAGACCUGAUUAAUCAGGUUGGACAAGGAUCGAAUUUUAAUGGAGUAGCUAUAUCAUCCUCUAGUUCUUCAAAAAGAGACCAAUAUGGUAAUGUUGUACAAGGUGGAGGCACCAAAGUUGUUACCAAUGACAAUGGAAUCGUUAAGGAAUAUAGCUAUGGCGAUGGUCCCAGUACAAAUUUUAUGUACUCAUCGUUUUCUCAACCUCGAAUUCAAAAGCCGUUUAUACCAAUACAACCAAUCAAGCCAGUAGACCCAGUAGUGAUCUCAGCGUACAGUCCUGGCCAGAACGAACAGUUCAAGGGAAGAUCCAUCAUGACGUCAUACCAUGCUAGCAACAUCAACGGUGCUAAAACCGGCGGCGGUUUCGCCACCAUCGUUGCUAAUGACAACGGAAAAGUUCUGAAGAAAACAUAUAAAUACGGAGACUUGAGUGAUGAUUAUGACCAAUAAGUUUCAUGUAGAUAUAUAAUAUAAUGUAUUAUGUAAUGUAUAAUAUUGAGUGAUUAUGUUAGCUCUCUGUGUGUCAAAUUUUGUUUCCUAAAUUGUAUUUUUUUUAUUUUUGUAAUAAAGUCGUUGUAGUUUGUUA